AUGGGGAUAACGCCCUCGCCCGUGGCCGUCUCUGCUCGGACGCCGCUUGUGUUCGCCCGCGUUGCCUUAAGUGAAAAGCGCGCCGCCUGUGUCCCGCUUCUCGCUCGGCUUCGGCGCGGUCUGUUCGGCGGCAAGUGUCGGCCCGAUGAGCCUGACGGCCCGGCCGUGUCCACUGCGCUGGGGGAUGGUGCGUCGCAUUUGCAUCGUGGUUGCGGCGGUAUUCAGUGGGAGUUGACGGGCGUUUCUCCGGAGACAUCUGGCGAGCGUCGCGCCGCUCGAUCACGCGUCGCCUUGGUGUGGCCGGUCCACAGCAAGGCGACUUCUCACGCCGGGUCAUCCGAGACCCGGCGUGAGAACGGGGCGUUUCGCCGCCCCGAGCCCCACGACCGCGGCGGACGGCGCCGCGACACGCGCGAAGGGACGGUCCCGGGCGGGGGCGGCCCGCGGUCAUUCGCUCCUGGGGGCGUGACCGCGGACCGCGUCCAUAGCAACGAGGAGAUGCCCAUGGCGAGGCCCCGUAAACAACCGCACGAGCAACGCUCCAGCGGCGUCCGCAGCGACCUGACGAGCGCCGAGAAACGCUACGUACAGGAUCAGUCCCGCAAGGCGGGGCUCAGCGAGGCGGAGUACGUCCGCCGCCGCGUGCUCGACUACACGGUCAAGGCGGCUGGUGUGUCGGCCCGCUUCGACCCCGCUUUGGUGAGCGAGAUCAACCGCUUAGGGACACAGCUUCAAGCGCUGGGUAACCUCGCCAACCAGGUCGCCCUCUACUGCCACACGGGGCGUCAGCUGCCGUCCGACUGGGCCGUAUUACCGAGCGAGAUCAAACGCUUGCUGCGUGUUGUUGAACAGACCAUCGAGGAGCAGGUCCGUGGUUCCUAA